AGUUCCUUUAUGCGUGUGUUUGAGUUGUUCAUCAGAUCCGGAGAGGGGAGGGGGCUUUUCUAACGUAUAUUUAGGACCGCAAAGGUUUGUUUGAGGGGGAGGGAGAUAGUUUAGUAAUCUAGUUGUAGUAGUAGGGACAGUAGUAUAGCGGAAUACGAAAUUCUCGCACCAGACAGAUGAAAUGUACGUCUUGGUAUGAUAUUGUAUAAGGGGGGAUAUAUUAAGACACUUAACAAAAGAAAAGGAAUAUAGCAUCGGUGUUUUUUUAUUUCCUUAAAACCCAUUCGUUCUGUUGAGUUGGUGUGAAAGUUCUGCCUUUUUUGUCGGAAAAGGGAAAGUUAACAUGUCUUAACAGAAGCGAAAUACGAGGAAGUUGGCAUCAAAUCGUGGAAGCCUAGAAGGAAUACGAAGGUCGGGCCAGUUGAAAGAAAUGCUACUGCUUGCUGAGAAUAACAGAAACGGAAAUGCAAGAACAAAAAAGAUAUUUCUAAUAAAGAGGGAAGAGUAUGGAAGGAAACGUCCACAAGAAAAGGAAAUUGGAUUGCGCUGCACAUGAAUCUUGUGAGGUGUUUUGGAAACGAGGAAAAUUGUGCAACCUAAUUUAACUGUUGCACAAAAGAGUCGUUACAAUCUGCGGUGUAAAUAAAGUAUUGCGAGGCAAAGACAGCGGAAGGAAACGACAAACAAUGUCAAAGCUGGGAUAAUAACCGCUUCACAAACUUGAUAAACACCGAAGGGGAAAACAAAAAUACGGACGAACUGGGAGGAAGUAUCGUCGAAUACCGGAAAAAUAAUCAAAUACAGAAGCUACAAAACCCUUAAAGAAAAAAAAAAUCUUUCGUUUUGACUGUACUGCAAUUACAGAAAAACAAAGCAACAAUAACAGCGUAAUCUGAUGGCGGUUUGCAUGAGGUGAUGCGCUCAUGCAAAGCGGAAUCGAUUCGCGUUUCUUUGUUCAGUUAGGUUUUGUCAUCUGGUGACGGGUUUGGGUGCCAUAUACCUUCCCUGGAAGGAGGGUGAGUCCGUGGAUUAGAGUCGGGCAGUAUAACCAUUGGUUACCGCUUUCCCGUCCCCUCACGAUGGGGAGGAAAAAAAAGACCCUGCACGACUACGCCGCCGAGUUCACCGAUUUGGCCGUGAAGAGGCAUGUCGUGGAGCAGCAUGAGUCCGGGGAGAGGACCCUGGUGGAAAUCUUGUACUGUAAAUCCUGCGAGAUCCCCAUGAGGGUCCGCAGGGACAGGAUUCUCGAGCACCUCGCUUCAGCCAGGCACUACCGAAACAGGCGGCUCGCCAAGCAACAGUGGGAGAGAAAGCCCACGCUCAUACCUUCGCCAACCGACGUCCACCCCAGCAUACCAGUCAAGCUAGACUCCACUCCCCCCCUGGCCUUGCAGUCCCAGCUGAUCCUGCAUGGAAAUCACUGCUCCUCCACAAGCACCAGUGCCCACCCGCCUCCAGCCUCCCAGUACCAACCAGCGGUCCCGCCCCGCCCCAGUGGCAUCAGCUCCACUGCUAAUGGAAGCUCCGCCUCCACACAGGUUGACCACGCCCCUUCUAUGACCUCAAACAAGGGCCUGGUCGGCUCUCGAGUCAAGAGCCCCCCGCUGCUGGCAUGGUCCUCCAGCCCCUGGUUGGUGGUGACAGAGGCGUCUAACAGUGUGUCCUCCGGACGGCACAGCUCCGGGGGAGGGUUGCCAGGUGGCCUGGGAGUUGGGUUGGCGCUCUUUGGCGUUGGCUCCGGCAGCAGGGCCCUGUGCCAGAGCCUGGUAGAGGAGAGUGGGUGCCACUUGCUGUAUAUCGUGGAGGACCAGCGCUGGGAAGUCGAGAGCCUCUUUAGCCAAGAGCAUCUUACUCAUACCCGCGUGCUUCGUGCCAUUGACACUGACAUCGUGCUCAGCGACCAACGUGUCGCAGGAGUAGUGGUUUGUUCUCCCCCAAAUGAGGCCUCAGUCAUAGUUCUGGAUGCAUUACGAGCAGGUAAAGGGGUGUUCUGUGAGAAGCUGCCUAGUUUAGACAGACACAUAGCAGAGUCCUGCUUUGAAGAGGCUGAAAGGCUGGGGAAACCACUGGUGUGUGGAUUUUACAAGCGUUUUGACCCAGCUUUGCAGUUCUUGUAUAAGAGGGUUCAUGAAAACGGCACCUUGGGUAGAAUUCAGAGGAUAUCCGCCGUGAGUCGACUGUACCCUCGUCCUUCUGUGGCCAGGAUCAAAUCAUCCGGAGGGAUCUUUUUCAGCAUGGCUGUACAUGAUAUUGAUAUUAUCUGCUGGCUGUUAGGAGAAAGUGCUCCAGACACCAUCUUUUCUCUGGGACAUGCAUUCUGUGCAGAAGUGGCCGCGGUGAACGACGCCGAUUCCAUCUCCGUCAGUAUGAAAUUCCCCAGCGGGGCCAUCGCCUCCCUGGAUGUCAGCCAGCACUGCAACAAGAGCUGUGACCAAAGCCUGGAGGUCCAUGGCUCAGAAGGUUCCCUGCAGAUGGAGAACCGGAACCCUCUGGGAAUCUCAGACCAUAGCACCUCUUCUGGCCUGUGCCUACAGUCCACAUCUGACCGCUACAGAGAAGCCUACAGAGAACUGUUGCGCCACUUCCUCAGGACUCUCAAAGGAAGGGAAACACCUUUCUUCACCAAAGAGCAGUAUUUGUGGACAAUCCAGGUGGCGGCAGCAGCUGAGCAGUCGUGGAGAAACGGCUCUGCAGUGGACCUGCGAAAUGAAGCCCCCGACACCACCGUCAUCAAGACUGAGGUCCAGUGAUCAGGCCUGGACUCCACUGGUCUAGAGCCCAGGAACGCAUCACAGACUUCACAGUCCACCUAUGCAGCAGCACUUAUCUCUGAACAGCCACGGUCGGCACCAGGACUGAAACAUGCAUUUGUUUUUCAUUUCCUUAUGUUGCCUGUUAUUUUGCCUCUCGAAACUCCUCUUAACAAGAUCGUGACAAAACUGUUUUUUAGAAGCUCGUUUUUAACUGCCUCAAGAAAUGUUCUUUUGCUUCUCCAACACAUAGCCCUGAAAGAUCUGCUAUUAUUUUUUGGUGUGUUUAAUUAAACUGAAAAAAGAAACCUCACGGUCAUACAUGGACAGAAUUCUUUGACCUGUUUAUACAGACUUCUCUCCCUACACCAUUGAUUUGCAAUGCUACAAUCAUUCUGGGACAUGUCAUUUUUAUUUGUUUGACAUAACAUGCCUUGUAGAGUUCCCUAAAACAUUUUAAAACAAACAUAUAUCUGUGUUGGAUAGAAUAUUGAUAUCUUAAGCACAAAAAUGCACUGAGUUUGUUUUUGUAAAUGUACAUAAGUCCAAAAAUAGAACAAUUGAUUAGUAAAACUGUCAAAUCAGACUUAUACCUAAAAGUUCAAUUCUCUUCUUCUUUUUUAUUAGUUUUACAAAUUUCUCAUAUCUAAUAUAAAAUUAGAUGUAAGUUAAACUAUGGCCAUGAAGUUUUAUGUAUAAGAAUAAGUUAUCAGAAAUGCAAUAUCUGUGCCUUAAAUUUUGUCAAUGUAUAAAAAUGUCUGGAAAUCUCCAAUGCCAAAAAGUGUUCAAAGAACACAUUAAGGAGUCAUUAUCAUUUUUUUCUAAGCUAAUAAUUAAAUAUUUUUUUUCUUUUUGUAACGUGAACAUUACCAACCAAGUGUUAUUUGUUAAUCCUUACAGUGCAACAUUCUGCAGCUAGCUCUGCCUUCCAAAAGACAAAUUCUUUGGUCUACAGUUCUUCAUAGUAUUGAGUUCCCAUGUUCUUGGACAGAUAAAAAUAACAAUAUUUAACUUAUGUGUACAUUUGUACAUAAAGUUAAACCCCCUGUUUAACUUUAUGCUCAGACAUAAUCUUUCCAAGUUAAAAACUGUUAUCAUUUAUUCCAACUUGAAAAUGACCACACUAUGAACUGUCAUGAAACCACACAGACAUGACUUGGAAGUGUAAUACCUACAGCCAGUGCUUCUGAAAUUAAAUGGAGAGCUGCUUAUCCACCCGAUGAGGUGUUUCAAAUGUAUUAUUCAUCAGGAGGCUGAGUAUACUGUUUCUGUUCUCGGAAAACCGAAAUACCAAGUGGGAACUUCAUGAUAGCUUCCUAUAGCUGCAGCUAGUUUGACUUCCAGAGCAUCAUAAAUAUUUUUUUUUGUACAGACUGUGCUUGACGUCUAACUUCCACGUCUGUUUUACAUUUAAACUCCAUGGAAUUGCAUUUGAAACUGAGCUUAACAGAUCAAAAGACAGAGGGCAGGUAGUCUAGGCUGUCUUAUCUAAUUGUUCGUACUAUUUAUAUUUCAUCAGUCCCUUAAGAACCAGUAAAUCCAAUACAUAUUCCUAUCGCAGUACACUUUUAGAAUAAAAAAAAACUAUACUUAAAAUAGAAUCUAAGAUGUGCUCAUUUAAAAGUCAAUAAAACAAUUUACCUGCAUAUGUUACCAAUUUCACCUUUUUCCUCUCUUUUAUAUUAAAGAAAAUGUCCUUAUUGCAACACUUACAGUAUGUUGCAUAUGAGGAAGAAGAUCCCUUGAUAACCACUGCUGAAUACAUUUGAAUCGAAUGGCUGAUCUGCAGUCAUAAGCUACAGGUCACAAUUGUUGCCUAUUAUUUCAUCAAGGAAUAUUUUCUGUGUGUGGGGGGGUGCAGUCUAUGAAAUCAGUGUGUAUAUUGUCUGUACUGUAUGUUGGAGACCAUAAACAUGUUUAAACCUGGGUACUGUUUCUUUGUGGUGAGUAUGUUAGUGACUUUAUGAAGUAUAGGUUACCUUUUGAACAUUAAUGCUUCUUGUGUGAAAAGUUUUCUUUCCUAAACAGGAAUAUUUGUGAAUCACUUGUACAUUUGUCCAUUUAAACAAAAAUUAUGAAUAUUAAUGUAGUCAUAAGGUAUUGCCUCCUACCUAAAUAAAACAAGUUUUUGCAUA